AACGCAGCAUGAUCGAAACGUACAGCCAACCUUCUCCCCGCUCUGUGGCCACUGGACCACCCGUCAGUAUGAAAAUUUUUAUGUAUUUACUUACUGUUUUUCUUAUCACCCAGAUGAUUGGGUCAGCGCUUUUUGCUGUGUAUCUUCACAGAAGAUUGGACAAGAUAGAAGAUGAAAGGAAUCUUCAUGAAGAUUUUGUGUUCAUGAAAACGAUACAGCGAUGCAGCAAAGGAGAGGGGUCCUUAUCAUUACUGAACUGUGAGGAAAUUAGAAGCCGGUUUGAAGACUUGGUCAAGGGUAUAAUGCAAAGCAAAGAAGUGAAGAAGAAAGAAAAAAACUUUGAAAUGCACAAAGGUGAUCAGGACCCUCAAAUCGCGGCACAUGUCAUCAGCGAGGCCAGUGGUAAAACAGCAUCUGUUCUGCAGUGGGCCCCCAAAGGAUACUACACCCUAAGCACCAACUUGGUAACCCUCGAAAACGGGAAACAGCUGGCCGUGAAAAGACAAGGACUCUAUUACAUCUACGCCCAAGUCACCUUCUGUUCCAAUCGAGAAACUUCGAGUCAAGCUCCAUUUAUAGCCAGCCUCUGCCUAAAGUCCCCAAGUGGAUCAGAGAGAAUCUUACUGAGAGCUGCAAAUACCCACAGUUCCUCCAAACCGUGCGGGCAGCAAUCCAUUCACUUGGGAGGCGUCUUUGAAUUGCCACCGGGCGCUUCGGUGUUUGUCAACGUGACUGAUCCAAGCCAAGUGAGCCACGAGACUGGCUUCACGUCGUUUGGCUUACUCAAGCUCUGAACGCUGUAAGCUGGCAGGUUGCGGCUGGGCUGAUGCUGGCGGUCUUCACAAUCCAGCAAAGCAG